AGAAGCGAAAAGCGAAGCUGCCUAGCUCUUCCGUUACACCCCUUCCAUAUCAUCGAUAUUUAACGAUCGGUGGCCAUUUGGAGGAGGGCUAUUGCUCUGCAUUGAUUUAAAAGGGAAAAGGAAAACCACCGCUUGCGAGGCGGGUGAGUUCGUCGAGCAGAUCUUCUUUUCUUCCUGUUUUAGCCGACGUUGCGUCUACCUUAUUUACUCCAAACUAGUGCAUCAUGAUCAUUCCCGUUCGCUGCUUCACCUGCGGCAACGUCAUCGCAGACAAGUAUCUGCUGUACCUCGAUCUUGUCAGCCAGGGUGUGUCCGAGGAGGACGCCAUGGACGCCUUCCACCUCGAUCGCUUCUGCUGCCGCCGCAUGAUGCUGACCCACGUAGAUAUGACGGAUCUCCUGCUGAAGUUCAACCCUGCGGAUACGAACGUUCUACUCACCAGCGGUGCAGUCGAGGAAGAGGCGGAGGCGGAUCAGAGCACGCUGGUAGGUGUUCCGCAGUAA